CCUCCCAUUGCUCUGCCCCCUCUGAGAGGAAACUGAAAGUGAAAUAGGGAGCUGGUGGCCACGGGAAUUUCCAAAAAGUGAAGCAGGGACCCGGCGGCCUGCACUGAGACCCCAGAGAAGCCCCUUCUAGGUCUCCACAGUGCUGCAUACCAGGCACACCGCCCCAUGGCCUCAGCAAUGCCCUUGACAAUGAUGUGGGACGAGGUAACAUGCUGUAUCUGCCUAGAACCUGUGGUGGAACCUGUGAGCAUUGACUGUGGCCACACCUUCUGCCGGCCAUGUAUCUCUGAGGUCGGGAAAAGCGGAGGUGGUACCUGUCCUGAGUGCCGACAGCACUUUAUGCUCAAGCACCUCAGGCCCAAUCGGCAGUUAGCCAACAUGGUGGACACGCUCAGACAAAUGAGCCAGGAUGCCAAUCAGGGCACACCAGGGGAAAGAUGUGCGGUGCAUGGGGAGAGACUUCAUCUGUUCUGUGAGAAAGACAGGCAGGUCCUCUGCUGGGUGUGUGCUCAAUCCAAGAAACACAAAAACCACACCAUGGUCCCCAUUGAGGACGCAGCUCGGGAGUACCAGGAGAAGAUCCAGCUGACAUUAGAGAAACUGAGAAAACAGCAGGCAUUGGCUGAGGGGUUGGAAGUGAAUCUUGCAAAGAAGAAAGCAGACUGGAAGAAGGAAGUUGAGGCCCACAAAUCGAGGAUUCAUGCACAGUUUGUGCAGCAGAGAGACUUCCUGGUUGAAGAGGAACAGAGACAGCUGCAGAAACUGGAAAAAGAUGAAAGAGAGCAGCUGAGAAUUCUGGGGGAAACAGAGCUCGAACUGACCCAGCAGAGCCAGGUCCUGCAGGCACUGAUCUCAGAACUGGAGCAGAGAAGUCAGGGCUCCAACCUGGAGCUGCUGCAGGAGGUAGCAGUUGUCCUGGAAAGGAGUGAGUCCUGGAACCUGACAAAGCUGGACAUUGCCUCCCCAUCCCUAAACAGUGUGUGCUGCGUGCCUGGGCUGAAGACCAUGCUGAGGAAGUGUGGAGUAUACAUCACUCUGGAUGGAGACACAGCCAAUCAGUGGCUUGUCAUUUCAGAUGACCACAGACAAGUGAGGUUUGGAGAUACCCGACAGAAUGUGCCUGAAAAUGAAGAGAGAUUUGAUAAUUACCCCGUAGUUCUUGGUGCCCAAAGUUUCAAUUCCGGUAAAUUUUACUGGGAGGUAGAUGUAACAGGAAAAGAGGCCUGGGACCUAGGAGUUUGUAGAAGCUCUGUGCAGAGGAAGGGCAUUUUUUCGUUCAGCCCUGACAAUGGCUUCUGGACAAUUUGGUUGUGGAAAAAAGAAGAAUAUCAUGCUGGCACCUGCCCCGACACGCCUCUCCACCUUCAGGUGCCUCCGCGCCAAAUCGGGAUUUUCCUGGACUAUGAGGCUGCUAUUGUCUCCUUCUACAAUAUCACUGACCACGGUUCCCUUAUUUACACCUUCUCUGGAUGUGCCUUUGCUGGAUCUGUACGGCCCUUCUUCAAUACCGGUUUCAAUGACAAUGCAGGAAACUCAGCCCCUCUGACUCUCUGUCCACUGAAAAUGUGCUGAUCAGGAUCCACUGCUGGCUUUCUCAGGAUGCGGCUACCCUCUCCCAUUGAUGCCUCUUCUCAGCCACAGACGCUGCCCCUCUUUCCUGUGGAAGAGCCACAUUGUCUCCGCGGAAUCGUCAGGAUCCCAGCCAACAGGACUUCAGAGGGAGGUCACUGAAAAUCAGUGUCUGAGCCAGGAGAGUCACUGCGAGUUUAGAGCCAGCCUGGGCUACAUAGUGAAGAAAAGGCCAGGCUGAGCUACUUAGCAAGACCCUGUGUCAAAAAACUAAAAUAAAUAAAUAAAUAAAGUAAGUAAGUCAGUGUCAAAAGACCUUCAACAUCAGUUCGCAUGCCCUAGAUUCCUUCGUGAUUCCCUCUUGUGAAACAGACUGCAUAUUUGGCCCAAACUCAUCUGAGUCAGCCAGAAACAUAUUUCUUCCUCCUUCGUGCAACUUGUUCAUUCUCUGUCUCCCUAAGUUGUUCACCUGUGGUCAGAUCUCUGUUACCUCUUUCAUGGUUUACAAAAGGGCUUUCCAAAAAAAGAAAUUUCUGCCUCUGUCUAUCCCAUUCAGUCCUUGUUCCUUAAACCCAAAAUACUCAACAACUCUAAACAUGAUUAGUGUUGAUGUGUCCAAAAUAUUGCACAUUUUUCUUUUCUGCCUGGAAUCCCCUGCCCACUUCUACACUGGAAGACUCAGGUAAAGAAUAUCUUCUGUAAUUCCCCAUAGCCAUCUCUGUGGUGAUACAAGAUCAUCUAAGCUUUGACCGCUGCCCGAAGGAACGUUACUUCACGCUGAGGAGACACCUGGUUUUGAAAAACAAAAUCACCCUGGGGACUGGUAAAGCUCUGGACCUCUGCCACCCACGCUCCUCAUAGACGUGAGACUUUCUGUCCAUGUUCUCAGAUUAACAGUAACAGCAUCGCGGGUCAUAAAGUGCUCUGUCUAUGGAGCCCAAAGCUGGGAUGCUCCCUAAUUUCAGUGUUGUAAAAUGACAAACUCCUGCUCCCCCUGGAAUGUCCAAUUCUAACCUCAUUCCACUCUGAAAUGCCCCUUCCUUAAGCAAACUUUUCUGGUUUUGGGCGGUUUUUUUCCUGGAAUAAAUGCUGUCUCUACUAAGGCAGGGUGGAGAAGGGGCAUAUGUGCACCAGAUGUGGCCGCAUCCCUAGUUGUAAGGAAGAGGUUUUGAGCCUGAAGAAAUGUAUGACAGCAUGAAUUCCAAGUCAGCAGGCGAGGCUGAGAGAGCUAGGAAGGGCCCAGAAGCUUUCCUACUCCAGAAGCUUCUGCAGAAAAUGCAGUAUCCUGUCAGCCUGAAAACAUGCCAGCAGAAGUGAUAAGGGUGAGGUUCAUCUUGUAUGACCAGGCUACCUGCUCUCAAUCUCCUGUCUCUGUCUCUACAUCUGCUGAAUGGUUUGUGCUGGAAAAAAAAAGUAUGAAAGGACAUUCACAUUUGUGAAUGUGAAGAAUGUGAAAAAAAAAAAUCCAAACAAAGAAACUAUCUGAGUCCCUGGGCUCAGCCACUAGAAAGGCCUCUCAAGCAUCAAGUGUCUUCAGCUAAGGCCUGUGCCUGUGGGCCAAGGGUCUCAGGACUGAAGAACAAAGAGAAAAUGAGGGAGGACUGCAGCAGGGUCAAAUGCUACAUCUCUGGGAAGAGAAGGUGCCAGCAUCUGACCACCUCUGUGGCCGGAAAUCCAGAAGGGUGGGGCUGGUCUCUGAGGUCAGAACUGAGGGAUGGAACAAGACUUCCUCUAGAGCAGUGAUGGCGAACCUUUUAGAGACUGAGUGCCCAAGCGGCAACCCAAAACCCACUUGUUUAUCACAAAGUGCCAACACUGUAAUUAAACCUGAAUGCUCGGCAGCUGGGGUGACUUGGCUUUCUGGGAUGACUUGACUCAUAUGCCAACAGCAAGCGCUGUAUGUGUCCCCUGUGGCACACGUGCCAGAGGUUCACCACCACUGCUCUAAAGUGUCCCGUAAGUAUGUUGUGGAAACGUCCUACCCUUUUCUUGCCUUCUCUCAAACCAGGAAUGUCUUCAUUGUUUCCAUUUUCUCCCUUGGUUCUCUGGGAAAAGAAACUCUUCUCUGUUCUCACCCUUCCCUUUCCUCCCAGAUUCAGAUUUCUCAGUUGUGAAUAGCUCUGCCUUAUCUCACUCUCCCCACCCCAUCUUUUGAGCUGCUUUCCUACCCUGAGUCCUCUGAUCACCACCACCCCCAACACACACACACACACACACACACACACACACACACACACACAGAGUGAACAUAAAGAUGAGCCUGGACCCCCUGGAGCUGCUCUCCCUGCAGACACAUGUGGUUCAAGCCAAGUGAGAGGCUGCAGGUGGAGAGAGUGAAGGUACGGAAGUGGUUGCAAAGGGUGAGUGCGCUGGGAAGUGCAAGUCAUUUCAUCAUGACUGUUUCUUUGUAAACAAAAUUUCCUCCUAGCCACAGUUCCUAAGGCCCAUGGGUUGGGGCUGGAGUUUUUCCCAACCACAUCCUAUUCAUAAUGGGGUUGGUUAAAGAAAAUUUUAAAUACUACAGCCUGCUCUUAAGUGCUUUCUCAGAAAACCAGUGUGGCCACAUCCUGUCUUGGCCUUCUGAUUCUGCCUUUCUGCUUUCAGUGUAAAGGAGUGUUGGUACCUGCUCUGGCCCAGGCCCUGGCGAUGAAAAGCCCACAGCCUUCUCUGGAUCUCUCUGUAUAGGCUCAGUCUGAACAGCAGGAGCAGCAGCCACAUGUACAGUCCGUUCUCCCUGGAAGGUAGGGAUCCUAAGUCCUGUGGUCGUGCUGUCUGAGAAGGAUGUGGAUAUUGGCACUUGACCGUUGCUUCCCCUGUACCUAAGCACAGUGUUACAGACACAACAUACACUUUGCUGCCCAUACAGUUUCUCCAGAAGUAGUUGGAACGAAUACCAAAGUCCAGCUGAAAGUUUCACCUGGAUUGAUAAUGGGAGAAUGUCAUUCUUGGGUCUGUGUAAGGCUAGAUACUCACAUAGACUCUGCUUCUAAAAGUGACAGCUAAUAGGCUGAUCAAAAAGUCAUUUCCUGUUGUAUUUACAAGGUGUAUUGAUUCUCCCCUUCCUCCCUCCUUUUGUACUCUGCAAACCUUCAAGGUUCUUUGGAAAUUCAAAAGGAAGCAGAAGCUCCAAGUGGGAGCCCAAAUAAUGCUACGCUAGUUUUCUUGAGGAUCUAACAUGUUUGGUUUUUUAAUAUUUGCAUGAAUAUUCAAGUAAAUAGUGCACAGACAAAUGGUUCCUUUUGUAACAAACUGAAUAUAUACUUGUAUCAUCUGAGAAAAAGGAAGACAUUUAGGACUGUGACCUUGAAAUGCUUUUUUUGUGUUUUCCUGGCUUCUGCCAUCCCAGGCAAUCAUAAGUAUGCCAGUACUGGACUCUCUGGAUAAGUGUGAUCUCAAAGACACGCAAGAAGUCAGCAAACUAGUAUUUAUUUUCUGCAAAGAGAAACUGCCUUCCUGUCCAUAUGUGAAAUCAGCUGUUUCUUGGAAUGCUGCCCAUACAGUGGAACAAAGCAAGCUAAUGGUGUCACUGCUGUGUACAGUACUUUAAUCUGUGAAAUCCCCCACCCUGCAAUGACCUGGUGUGGAACAAAGCACUGAGGAGUGCUGUGCCAGUUAAUCUAACAGUGACUCCUCGAUACCCUUGAACUCCAUUUAAUCUUAAUUGUCAACUUGACUGAAUUAAGAGAUUCCUGGAGAAGUGAGUCAAUCAUGGAGACACUGCACUCGAGACACUGUACUCACUGUAUUCAUGAAUGUUCAUUGCCAGAUAUACUAUUACAGGUGGAGCCCGGUUAGAAGAAGAGGGUCCUUGAGGGUAUGCCUUUGAAAAGUGUGUCUCUCUCUGGUCCUCUGCUUCUCAGCUGCCAGAAAUUGAGCAGCUUUCCUCUGCCGUGCCCUUCUGCCAUGAUUCUGUCCUAGAGCCAGCCAGGGAGCACUGAAUCUUCAUAAUCCGUGAGCCAAAAUUGAACUUCUUCCUUAAUUGUGGGGGUGAGGUGUUUGUCCCAGUAACAGAGAAGCUGACAGAUACAAAUGCUACAGUCCAGCUAGCCACCACUGGAUACUGCAAAUUACUGGUGGUUUCCUGUCCAGCCUGCCACCAUUAGAUCUCCUAGUGGCUUCCUGUCCAGCCACCAUGACUGGACUUCACGGACAAGUUCACCAUGAAGCCCUAUCCUGUAUUAAAAAGUCCCAAUCUAGUCUGUUCUUUUCUGUUCAUACUUAUGAGUAAGUCUUAAUAAAACCUAUUUUUCACA